AUGGAGGAAGUAAGAGGUGAGACCUAUUUCUCCCUUUUUGUAUUGAUUUAAUCCGUAAAGUACCUUUAAUGACACUGUCACAUGUAGCGACAAUGUCGCCAUAUAACAGUAAUCGAAGAGCAGCGCAUGUUUUCGUAUUUUAAUGUGAAAUAAAGCAACUUCGUUCGCAAGCAUCCAUUGAAAUUGUAGCAGAGAUUACGUUUACACUGUUACAGCACGCGAGGGUAUCUUCAUAAUAGAGCACACAAACGGAUUAGUUAUCGUGUAUUGUUUAGCGUUCUGAAAAUGAGAACACAUGAUUUACACGAGAUACAUUAAUAUAUUCAAUUUAAAUGGUUGUUUGGGUUCAAUAACCUAUAAAGUAGCUGAUGUUUUGCUUUCAAUGAACAUCGCAGGUUCAGCAGUGCGGAGGGACUUACUCAAAAGUGCAAUUCUCAGUCAUACUGUAGACUUGUGAUAAAAUUGGUGUGCACGUUGUUCAUAUUGAAAAGGCACUCAAUGUGGCUCUGUGUUCUCAUUUUACAGUAUUCCCACUAUCCUGUGCGGUGCAGAACUAUGCAUGGGGGAAGGUCGGUCAGGACAGUGAGGUGGCCAAGCUGGUUGUUGGUGGGGAUACCUCAGCUGUCAUUGAAGCAGACAAACAUUAUGCCGAGGUAAGAUUUAGACAGUGGUGAACCGUGUCUAUUGGAACUCAAAAAUCAAGAAGAAUAACAUCAUCAUCAUCACUUAAUGAGCACAACAUUAUAUCUAGCUUUAAUGCAGGAGUAGCAAUGCUUUUUUGAUGACAUCAUGAAUGAAUCAAACGGUCCUGAGCUACACAUCUGGCUGUCACUCACACACAGAAUAAUGCUACCAGCAACAACAACAAAAAACGCUUAAACAACCUGUGGUAGCCUAACACCAUCACUAUCACACUUUCACCAAUAGCGUAGCGAUGUCUACAGUGACACAUCUAAGGUGACAGGCCCAUGGUGCUGAAAGGACAGCGACCAUAAUCUGCGCACUCCGUGUGCAAGAGAGAAAAUGUUUUGUAAAACACAUUGACACGUCCGAUAGAAAGAGAGCAGUCAAACACAGCAUACUGUUAAAAGCGACCCAUUCGUUAAAGGUAAUUUCCAAAUCGAAAUUUACAACGUACUUUCCAUUGCGAACAUCUUUUAUCACGUUCAGCACACAAAGUAACCAGUGAUCUAAAGUAUAAAUGCAACAAUGUUUCACACGCAUUAUUUUCAGAGAUAGCAAACAGCAAGUGAGCUGCAAAAAACAGUGCCACUCAACAAAUUAUGAUCAUUUGAAACUUUACUUCUUGUUGAAAUGUAAUCUUGAAGGGCGAUGUUAACAAAUUAGCAAAAACAACCUCCCUGAUAACAUUUGUGUCUGCAGCCCAUGCACAAUACAACACAAGCUAUCUAGACCAUGGCUAAACUAGGCUACUGCGCACACUCUCAAGAGUGAAGUGUCUAGGCGUUCGAGAAGGCGGGAGUAAAAAAUGGGAAAAAAAGAUUGUAAAAACAGUACCACCCAUUGCAAGUCAAAAUGUUGAAUGGCCAAUGACUGAACAAUUGAACACGUGAAACCAUUCAUUCCUAUGUGAAGACCCAAUAGCCAGAUGAAGCCAAAUUAAGUCGUUUAAGAUGGUGUUUCAUGGAGACAUAACAUGCAUAGUUUGAGCUACUCCAAGAAGUGACUUUGCAUGCUAGCACAGUGCUGCCCCCUCUCAUUCAGUAACUCUAGUUGAAGGCCGACCGGGCUACUGCAGGCUUCCAUUAGCAAGUAAAUUAUACUCUUCUGUGUGUGAUUUUAAAAUAAUUGGUUCAAGGACAUACAUCUGGUGUAUUAAAAGCAAUUAUUAUUAUUACCAUGAUUGUCUUAAUUUUUUUAUAUUUUUUUUACACAAAGAUUGACAAUAAAGAUCGCACUUUUUCCAUUCACUAUAAUGGGGGAUCCUGUUUUCCGCUAACGAUGCCUGCAGUGCCGUGGCUUCAAUGAGAGGAGGCAGUCGUUCUCCCCUGUAAAUGGCAGAUGCCUUCUGGCUACAUUUUUCUCCCCUGAGUCCACCCCCAAGAAAAUCCUGAUUGGCUCUUUUUUUCUCUAUAGUGUUAACCUUUCCCUUUCCAACUCAAACUGAAGAAAUCAGAAUAACAUUUAAAUUAUAGAAAAGAUUAACUAGAAAUGUAAAUAAAAAAGAAUACAUCAUUUUAUAAAUCCUUAGGCUUUCUCUGAAGAUGUAGAAGGCCCUUACAGUUCCCCACUGGAUUUAGAUAUACAUAAUUUUUAAAAAAAAAUAAACAAUUCAGUAGGCUAUAGCGUUCAACUAAUACCCUUUUAUAUAGGCUAAGGAGUUCCCCCCCCCCCUCCAAUGUAUUAUUACUGUCCUGCAGAUUGGUUUUCACAAAGCCCUUCAGGACUUUGGCUGAAAAUCUCUUGUCCUUAAAGCUCCCUCAAUGCCUGCCCUGUCACAAGUCAUUCUUGAUUUAGCUUCAGCUUCACAGGGAGUGUUUGUUAAUAGAUCUGGGUAUGGGAGUGGUGACAUUUUGUCGAAGUGAAACACAUAGUUACAUGCAAUGGUGAAUGGGCAGAUGCAUUUUCAUACUCCGCAAUCAGCAUCCAUAGUCAAUAGCCUUCUACUGUUUAAGACAAUCCUCUGGUGCUAAACAAUAGCUAACUAGGAUGGCACCUAGGCUAUCGUAUAUGCAUUGAAGAUCAUUCUAUUGAACGUUAUUCAUAUCCUGUUUGUCAUUCAUUGGAUGUUAUUGACAUUUUCAUACUUCUUAAUUCAUUUAGUUUGUUUUCAGGUGUCUUUUUAUCAUCUUUGAAAAACCUGAUCACAAUGGAUGACAAAGAAGCUAAAUCACAAAGCGAUGUCAACUGUUUUAAAAGAGAAAUACUCUUGUAUGGUCAAUAAUGAGGCCUCUCCCUGUGUGUCUUGCAGCUGUGGAUGGGUGCUCACCCCAAAGGAGACGCCCUCAUCAAGGACAACAGGAUAGCCCAGAGGACGCUUGGUCAGUGGAUUGCAGACUACCCAGCAUGCUUGGGGUCAAAGGUCAAAGAUACCUUCCAGGGCCAGCUUCCCUUCCUCUUCAAGGUCCUGUCGGUCAACACCGCUCUGUCCAUACAGGCCCAUCCAAACAGGGUAAGUCUUGGGUCGUGUUCGUUAGGGAACACAGUAGCAAAGCAUUUUGCAGCAGAAAAUGAAAACAAGGGUUUCAUGUCUACUGAACAACCCAAAAACAAAAGUAAGAGGAGGAGGGGAUUACAUUUAAAAAUGGUGUGUUUUGUUUCAUUUUGGUAAUCAAAUUGCUCUUCCCUAUUGGCUCACACACCAGGAGUUGGCUGGGCGGCUCCAUGCUCAGUUUCCAGAGCAUUACCCUGACAACAACCACAAGCCUGAGAUGGCCAUCGCACUCACCCACUUUGAAGGACUCUGUGGCUUCAGGCCUGUGGAAGAGAUCAUUGGCUUUCUCAAAAGUGAGUCCCGUAUCUUGCAGACUGUCCAUUAUCAUUGUUUUAUAGUCCAUGUUUUAAAAUGUAUUCAGCAGCUCAGUUGAGGGAUUUCCUUCACUUUAAGAUAAAUGAAGUAGAGAACAAUGAUCCCUUUAAAGGGAUAGUUCAUUUGAAGUUUUAGCUCAUUUUUGACUUACCUAGGGUGUUGCCGUUUCAUCCAAACUGUUUUUAAGUUUGUUAGCUGGUUAUUUAGCAACAUCCAGAAUCUCCUGGCUAGCAUUUUUGGAGAAUAUAGCAAUGCUAGUGGAAACGUAUUGUAUCACUUAGCAGUGCAUUCAAAAGUAUGGGGAAAGCGGGGAAGUGGAACAAAAAUGGCACCCCUCUCUAUGGGAGGCAGAGCCCUAUCCCCACGAUUAGCAAAAUGUUACCGUUAAAAUUGUAGGAAAUCAACAUUAAAACUGCACGAUUCUCUCCACCGCUGAGAAGGGGGCCACUAAUUUGGGGGGCGCCAACCAAAUCUUGCUUAGGGCCCCCAAAAGGCUAGAGCCAGCCCUGACUGUUACAAUCCGUUCGAGUAUUGUAUUCAAGUUUGCUAAGAGUGUAAAAUGUGUGUGUCCCAGCCGUGCCAGAAUUCCACGCCCUUGUAGGGAACGAGGCGGCGGAGGAGCUGCUGAGCAGUAUAGGGGAGGCGGGCCGCACCUCGCUGGCCUUGAAGAAGUGCUUCACCCGUAUGAUGAACUGUGAGAAGAAAGUGUUUGUGGACCAGCUCAACAUGCUGGUGAAAAGAGUCACUGAGGAAGGUGAGCAUCAUACAAUAAGCAUUUUAUUUUUGUGACACCUUACACUUCCAUGGAGGUAGACCCCAACUAGCUUGGUCCCAGAUCUGUUUGUUCUGUAUAGCCAACUCCUGUGGUCAUUGACAUGCCAAAUAUGUCAUGUUUGGCUUGACAAUAGCCAUAGGAGUUGGCAAGAAAGCACAAACAAAUCUGGGACCAGGCUAGGUCCCAACUUUCUUGCGGAAGUUCCAAAAAUAGCUUUUUUUAUAAUCACAGGGGUUAAAGUUCUAAGUCACUGCAACGGAUUUCCGUCAUAUGGACUCUGGAGAGGUUGUUUUUGAGAUCAGUGUAAAACUUUUGAAAGAAGUUUUGGCAAAUGUAUUUUGAAAGCAGUUUUGGCCUUUGUUAAAAAAGAGGGGGAUCCCAGUUUCUUAUUGCUACCAGGUUUAUUUCUCUACUCCUUCGAUUGCGUGCGUGGCAUCAUUUUACAAAUGCUGUUUUACAACUGGAGUCUACAACAGAGUUCUUAAAGGAGCAAUGACAUACAGUGUAUUCGGAAAGUAUUCAGACCCCUUGACUUCUUCCACAUUUUGUUACAUUACAGCCUUAUUCUAAAAUUGAUUGAAUUGUCCCCCCCCCCCCCCCCCCUCAUAAAUCUACACACAAUACCCCGUAAUGACAAAGCAAAAACAGGUUUUUAGGAAUGUUUACAAAUGUAUUAAAAAUUAAAAACAGAUCACAUUUACAGAAGUAUUCAGACCCUUUUCUUAGUUGAAGCACCUUUGGCAGCGAUUACAGCCUCGAGUCUUCUUGGGUAUGACGCUACAAGCUUGGCACAUCUGUAUUUGGGGAGUUUCUCCCAUUCUUCUCUGCAGAUCCUCUCAAGCUCUGUCAGGUUGGAUGGGGAGCGUCGCUGCACAGCUAUUUUCAGGUCUCUCCAGAGAUGUCCGAUUGGGUUCAAGUCCGGGCGCUGGAUGGACCACUCAAGGACAUUCAGAGACUUGUCCCGAAGCCACUCCUGCGUUGUCUUGGCUGUGUGCUUAGGGUUGUUGUCCUGUGUGCUCUGGACAACGAACCUUCGCCCCAGUCUGAGGUCCUGAGUGCUCUGGAGCAGGUUUUCAUCAAGGAUCUCUCUGUACUUUGCUCCGUUCAUCUUUCCCUCGAUUGUGACUAGUCUCCCUGCCGCUGCAAAACAUCCCCACCGCAUGAUGCUGCCACCACCAUGCUUCACCGUAGGGAUGGUGCCAGGAUUCCUCCUUGGCAUUCAGGCCAAAGAGUUCUAUCUUGGUUUCAUCAGACCAGAGAAUCUUGUUUCUCAUGGUCUAAGAAUCUUUAGGUGCCUUUUGACAAACUCCAAGCAGUCUGUCAUGUGCCUUUUACUGAGGAGUGGCUUCCGUCUGGCCACUCUACCAUAAAGGCCUGAUUGGUGGAGUGCUGCAGAGAUGGUGAACUCUGGAGCUCUGUCAGAGUGACCAUUAGGUUCUUGGCCACCUCCCUGACCAAGGCCCUUCUCCCCCGAUUGCUCAGUUUGGCCGGGCGGCCAGCUCUAGGAAGAGUCUUGGUGGUUCCAAACUUCUUGCGUUUAAGAAUGAUGGAGGCCACUGUGUUCUUGGGGACCUUCAAUGCUGCAGAAUGUUUUUGGUAGCCUUCCCCAGAUCUGUGCCUCGACAUAGUCCUGUCUCUGAGCUCUACAGACAAGUCCUUCCACCUCAUGGCUUGGUUUUUGCUCUGACAUGCACUGUCAACUGUGGGACCUUAUAUAGACAGGUGUGUGCCUUUCCAAUCAAUUGAAUUGACCACAGGUGGAAUCCAAUCAAGUUGUAGAAACAUCUCAAGGAUGAUCAAUGGAAACAGGAUGCACCUGAGCUCAAUUUUGAGUUUCAUAACUAAGGGUCUGAAUACUUAUGUAAAUAAGGUAUUUCUGUUUGUCAUUAUGGGGUAUUGUGUGUAGAUUGAUGAGGAAAACAAUUAAUUUAAUCCAUUUGACAAUAAGGCUGUAACGUAACAAAAUGUGGAAAAAGUCAAGGGGUCUGAAUACUUCCCGAAGGCACUGUACUUUGUAAUAGAAACCAAAAAAAAUCUAAUUUGAGUGAAUGAUUUAUAAUAACUUAUAUAUUCAUAUGUAUAAUAAAAUAAUAAUAAUCAGGAUAAUGUUUUAGAGACCAUGCAUAGGCUGCUAUAUGCAUGGUGCAUUAUGUUAAAGUAAUUAGAACAUUAUUUUUUACCAAUAUGUUAUUGGGCCCAUUUCUGGAGGGCAAAUUUAUAUUUAUACUGCUACAUACAAAUUCUCCCAGGGAGGACCCCGGACCCACUAAGCAAGGGGAUUGGAAUUGGUCAAACUCGCAGUUUAAUACAUGUAAAAAGUUAUCCUCUUUCCCUAAAAGCAAGAUGGUCAUGACUUUCUUACAUGAAAGGGGAGGUUAACUUGGCCCCAGACAAUCGAUCUGAGAUUGACUUAAAUUUCAGUCAUCCAAUUAAUUUUUUUCUUUAACCCCUGUAAUCAAUAGUACAUGUGCAUGAAUUAUAAAUUAUAUACUCCUUGAGAUUGUAUAUUUUCUACUGCAUAAUGCUCAGUCAAGUUUUCCAAAGGACCUCUUGCACCAAGACAUCUUUCUGUGUAAUAUCAAACCUUAAUUUAUCCAGGUUAGUCUUAUUGAGAUACAAAUCUCAUUAAACAGAAGAAAGUGAACUGAAACAGGGAGGGACUUGUCCAAUAAGAAACACUAAUUAUUAUUUUCUGUAGCAAAACAUUUUCUGUUGCAUGCCCUAAUGUACACGAUCCUAUGUUAAAGGCUUUUCUCGUUGUACCUCAUUCAGCUGCUGCAGGGAAGGACACAUCGGGCAGUAACAGUGAACUGUUGCUCAAGCUCCACUCCCAGUAUCCGGGUGAUAUCGGCUGUUUUUCCAUCUACUUCCUGAACCGCGUGGUGCUGGAGCCAGGCGACGCCAUGUUUCUGGGUGCCAAUGAACCGCACGCAUACCUCAAUGGAGGUCAGGGGUCAACCAAUCAGCUUCUUAGAAAGGGUCAACUAGAUGUGUUAAAGUUGUGUAUUGAUAAGCGAUUAGAGUACAAUGGAAAUGCACUAUAUAUAUAAAAGUAUGUGGACACCCAUUCAAUAUAGUGCAUUCGGCUAUUCCAGCCACAACCGUUGCUGACAGGUGUAUAAAAUGGAGCACACAGCCAUGCAAUCUCCAUAGACAAACAUUGCCAGUAGAAUGGCCUUACUGAGGAGCUCAGUGACUUUCAACGUGGCACUGUCAUAGGAUGCCACCUUUCCAACAAGUCAGUUGGUCAAAUGUAUGCCCUGCUAGAGCUGCCCCGGUCAACUGUAAUUGCUGUUAUUGUGAAGUGGAAAUGUCUAGGAGGAACAACGGCUCAGCCGCUAAGUGGUAGGCCUUACAAGCUCACAGAACGGGACCGCCGAGUGCUGAAAAAUCGUCUGUCCUCGGUUGCAACACUCACUACUGAGUCCCAAACUGCCUCUGCAAGCAACGUCAGCACAAUAAAUGUUAGUCGGGAGCUUCAUGAAAUGGGUUUCCAUGUCCGAGCAGCUGCACACAAGCCUAAGAUCACCAUGCGCAAUGCCAAGUGUCGGCUGGAGUGGUGUAAAGCUCACUGCCAUUGGACUCUGGAGCAAUGGAAACGCGUUCUCUGGAGUGAUGAAUCACGCUUCACCAUCUGGCAGUCCGACUGAUGUAUUUGGGUUUGGCGGAUGCCAGGAGAACGCUACCUGCCCGAAUGUAUAGUGCCAACUGUAAAGUUUGGUGGAGGAGGAAUAAUGGUCUGGGACUGUUUUUCAUGGUUCAGGCUCCUUAGUUCCAGUGAAGGGAAAUCUUAACGCUACAGCAUACAAUGACAUUCUAGACGAUUCUGUGCUUCCAACUUUGUGGCAACAGUUUGGGGAAGGCCCUUUCCUGUUUCAGCAUGACAAUUCCCCCAUGCACAAAGCGAGGUCCAUACAGAAAUGGUUUGUUGAGAUCGGUGUGGAAGAACUUGACUGGCCUGCACAGAGCCCUGACCUCAACCCCAUUGAAUUGGAACGCUGACUGCGAGCCAGGCCUAAUCGCCCAACAUCCGUGCCCGACCUCACCAAUGCUCUUGUGGCUGAAUCGAAGCAAGUCCCCGCAGCAAUGUUACAACAUCUAGUGGAAAGCCUUCCCAGAAGAGUGAAGGCUGUUCGAGCAGCAAAGGGGGGACCAACUCCAUAUUAAUGCCCAUGAUUUUGGAAUGAGAUGUUCGACGAGCAUACCUUUGGCCACGUGGUGUAUAAUACAAUAGAUUAGCUAUUGUUUAGUGGGGUGGUAUGCGCACAUCCAUAAAAACCCGUGUCCCAGGUGCUGGAUUAUUGAGACGAUAAUGUAGAAGGAAAAAAUAUAUUCUGCACACUUGUAUUGAUGUUAAACUACACUUCGGGAGCUAUAUCAGUGUGUGGAUCUAUUUGUUGUUAUACAAUGAGAUUAGCUAUUGAAAUACAUAUUUGAUACAUUUAAAAUAUGACAUUUGUUUAUUACAUAAAUUAUAUUAUUAUAUGUUGACAUGUAAAGUUACAAUGAAUCUCAAAUACAGAGCAGUGAGAAUUCUUCUAAUCUUUAAUUUUUUUCCAAAGUCAUUUUGAAAGAAAGCGUCCUAUAUCCCAUUCUUUCUCUCUCUCUCUCUGUCUCUCUCUCAAUGCUAUUCAGACUGCAUCGAGUGCAUGGCCUGCUCGGACAACACGGUGCGCGCCGGCCUGACGCCCAAGUUCAUCGACGUCAACACCCUAUGUGAGAUGCUGAACUACAGCCCCGCUCCAGCCAGCGCCAAGAUCUUCCCCUCCAUACAGGACCCCUCAGACCCCUUUGUCUACCUCUAUGACCCCCCUGUCCCUGACUUCACUGUCAUGAGGAUACAGGUUAUUACUUACUUAUUUAGCCUGGUCCCAGAUCUGUUUGUGCUGUCUUCCCAACUCCUAUGGUCAUUGUCAUGCCAGACAACACAAACAAUUACACACCGCCUUGACAAUAAUCUCUGUUUGAAUGGUUCUCUUGAAGUAGGCAUUAUGAUAUUUGUUCCAGUGUGGCUCAUAUCUAUGUCAAAUUUGAAAAUGUCAUGUCAUUCUCUCCCCCUUCUCUCUUCCUUCUUUCCCUUCCCCUCUCUCCCUUCCUACUUUCCCCUUUCUCUCUCCCACUUCACUUUUCCCCUAUUUCCCCUGUCUUCUCCCCACUUCCUACUGUUCCCCCCUUUCUCUCUCGCCUCUUCCCUACUGUUCCCCCCUUUUCUCUCUCCCCACUUCCCACUUUUCCCCCUUUGCUCUCUCGCCACUUACCUACUUUUCCCCCUUCUCUCCCCCACUUCCCACUUUUCCCCCUUUCUCAUCUCCCCCCUUCCCUACUUUUCCCCCUUCUCUCUCCCCACUUCCCUACUUUUCCCCCUUUCUCUCUCGCCACUUCCCUACUUUUCCCCCUUUCUCUCUCCCCACUUCCCUACUUUCCCCCCUUUCUCUCUCCCCACUUCCCUACUUUUCCCCCUUUCUCUCUCUCAUCCCCUACUACCUCUCUCCCCUCCUCCUCCCUCUCUUUCCAACCCCCUACUCCCUUUCUCCUCCCUUUUUCCUCUCUCUCCCCACUCUCUCCAUCUCCAGGUGCCAGCCUCAGUCAGGCAGUACACGGUGGCCCCGGUGGACUGUGCGGGCAUCCUGCUUGUGAUUGAGGGUGAGGCCACCGCCACCUCUGCCGCUGCCCUAUCUGACAUCGCCCUGAGGCGGGGCACCGUCCUCUUCAUCUCAGCCAAUGAGAGCGUCUCCCUGCACGUCACGUCCCCCUCCGGAAUGACCAUGUAUCGGGCCUGCAGUCUCCUGUAGCCCCAGGCCUUCUGAUAACGUUUCAUAAAUGUUUCCUUCGUGUCAACCCAACCUGUGGUUCUCUGUGUCACUCUUCAUGCCAGGGUGUCCCCUUACCUGACUUAGGGCCAGUAGUGAUAGACUGAAGAUGGGCUACAAACAGUUUUAACCCCUUUUAACUGUGGUCUAUGUGCAGUUUACCUCUUCCAUUCCUCUUUCUCAGAAAAUCGCCCUGACAGGUACAGUAACAUACACAGCUAGUGUGUGAUACACACUUAUGGUUUGUCUACUUGCUGUGGUCCUUUUAUUCGGCCCAUGUUUCUGUGACGGUUUAUACAGUAUCGAGGCAGAGUGAUUAUAUAAUGUUUUCAUUGGUACAGUAUGCCUCAGCUCACCUCUCAGUAGAAGUGUCACAUACCAGCAUGUUCUAAUUAAUUACCUCAUAAGCAAGAAUUAUGUUUUUUUUCUAGGGCCGUGGGUGAAAUCUAUUCAAUAUUACUGCUGUUAAGACGAUACAUCCUAAAAAAAAACAUGUAUUUUAAAAUAUUAUCAGCUGUAUUGGGAACAUUUGGCAUUUACAGUAUGCUGAGAUACCUGUGCAUGUUUGCGGAAUGAAGUUACCUGCCAUGCACACACACAUACAUAGCUGCCUGCUGCAUACAUAAUGUACAUACAGAUAAAGCAUAUAGUAAGAAUGCACAGCUACUGUAUGGUAAGACCUUUUUCAGAUGGACCUCAAACAUUUAAAUUGGUUCAUUGACAAGUGUUUGUGCUAGGGCCUUGGCAUUUAGUGAACCAGAAUGUAUGCUGGAAGGCUGAAGCUGCAUGUGACCAUGCAAUUCAACUCACGCAUCCAACAUAAGAAAUACAUUCAGUAGUAGUCUGGACUGAAGGUGGCGUGUGAGCUGUACUGUGUCAAUGGUAACACCUCACAUAGGAUUACAGAAUACAAAGUUGGUGUUUGAGAUGGACUGCAUUGCAGUUGGUGACUGCAGACUGACAAAUCUACAAAUCAUCUUGCAUCCUAAAUGACUACUGAUUAUAAUUUGUAUAUCAGACAGACUACAUUGCAGUCUGCGACUACAGACUAUCUCAAACAUGCAAAAAAGCUUUCCCCAAAGGUCAAAAGGUGAAGUUUUGCAACAUAGCCAUAACUAGGCUAUUGAAGUUGUAUGUUAUAGUUUGUUGUUCCAAGACUGUUGGUCAUUUUGAAUUUCCUUGUGCUCCCCUUUGAAUGAAGUGCUGUUGGGUCAGGCAUGUCUGCUGGUUGAUGUUCAUUAGAGCACAUCGUAACAAAACAAAGACAAGAGUUUCUUAUUGGAGAAGUACUGAUCGUACCUCCCGGUUUCUAUUUUCUUCCAUUUUGUUCUUUAUGAACACGACCCUGGUGCUUUCAAUUGAAUAGCAAUGACCCACUUAAGAUUUGUAAAUGAAGGAUGGGAAGAUUGAGAGAGAGAACGAUUACUUAUUAAUAAGUAAUUUGUUCUGGACUUGUUUUUAUGCCAACGGGUUUUGUCCAGGAUAUUUUCGGUUACAUAGGAACUGUUUGCACUACAAUAGUUUAAAAAAAAUAUAUAUAUAUAUACAC